AGAAGCUAUGUAAGGAAAAUUAAAAUUUUCAAAAUCUUAGAAAUGCGUUGCUGUGUGCCCUUCUGCAAAACCACUGCGGAGGUCGUCUCCGAAUCCGAGGAGAUUACAUUUCACGAGUUCCCCAGCGAAGUGCAUCUCCGAGCUGCUUGGCUCAGAGCCCUCGGCAAACAAGACACUCUCCUGCCAGAGCGUGCUGUGGUCUGCUCGCAGCAUUUUCUAAACGAUGACAUUUAUGAAACAGAAAGUGGCUCAAGGCGGAUUCGUACUGGUGCUGUCCCCUCACCAGUGCUGGUCUGCAUGAUAUGCCUGGACACUCGCAGCAAGCUGUUUCUGAUGAGUAAAUACAAGCUGGAAGAAGCAUAUGAACAUUUAGUGGGACAUCCUUUGUGUGGUCAAGGAAAGCUCAAACCAACGCUUUGUGUGCAAUGUGCCCAGAGACUGGUGAACUUUAGCACAUUCAGAGACAAGAGCUUGAGAGCGCGCUCCCUGAUGAUGGAGCUAGUUGACAGACAUGAAGUGAUAACAAUACGACACGUCAAAUUGAUAAGCCGUGUAAAGUACCAACUACAGUCUGACAUUGUCUCGGCAGUGUCAGAGCCCGACUACUGCGAUGUGUACAUAGCACACUCCGACGCGGACGGACGGACAGAACUAGACGCGACUGCGACUGCCGCAACUGAUGAAGCAGUUGCAGUGAAACGGGAAGUUGAAGACCGUGAAGAUGAUGAAGACGAGCCAGCCGCGGCCGAAACACAGGCUCCCACCGCGCACAUUAUUUGCAAGCGAGAGUCGUCGGCAGACUGCGAUCAAGCUUUGGUCGCUCCUUCGAAUCUCGCGACCAAUCACGGAAACGAAGAACAUCCAACUGAUACAGACGACGAGUUGGGUAUAAUAUUGUCUUUCGAAAAUAAUACAAACACUUUUGAAUAUUCAACGAAACCUCGGGACUCCGAACUAAAACCAAAGGAAACCUUUACAAAAAUAAGUAAUAAUAUCAAUAUUCGAACGACGAGGCGAAACAAACACAAUUCCCAGGAUAUAUCCGGUACACAGUUAGGAAACUAUACUGACCAGAUACAGUAUAUCUGUGACGUUUGCCAAAAGAUAUUUCAACGGAAAAGUUCCUUAGUUAUCCACAUUAGGGCGCACACUUACGCUAACACUUUCUCAUGUAAGUUAAGAAAGCGCAAAUUCAGUCAAAAUAGUACGUCAUCGAGCCCCAAGCGGACUCACACUGGCGAAAAGCUUUUUGUUUGUAAGUUGUGCGAUUAUAAAUGUACAGUUAACAGUAAUUUAGUGAGUCACAUGAGGACACACACUGGCGAAAAGCCAUUCGCUUGUAAGUUCUGUAAAUACAAAUGCACAGAAAAUGGUAGUUUAGUGAAACACAUGAGGACUCACACUGGCGAAAAGCCUUUUGUUUGUAAGUUGUGCGAUUAUAAAUGUACAGUUAACAGUAAUUUAGUGAGUCACAUGAGGACUCACACUGGCGAAAAGCCUUUUGUCUGUAAGUUGUGCGAUUAUAAAUGUACAGUUAACAGUAGUUUAGUAAUGCACAUGAGGACCCACAAUGGCGAAAAACCUUUUGUUUGUAAGUUAUGCGAUUAUAAAUGCACAGGAAAUGGUAAUUUAGUGAAGCAUAUGAGGACUCACACUGGCGAAAAACCGUUUGUUUGUAAUUUCUGUAAAUACAAAUGCACAGAAAGUGGUAGUUUAGUGACACACAUGAGGACUCACACUGGUGAAAAGCCAUUCGCUUGUAAGUUGUGUAAAUACAAAUGCACCGAAAAUGGUACUUUAGUGAAACACAUGAGAACUCACACUGGCGAAAAGCCUUUCGCUUGUAAGUUCUGUAAAUAUAAAUGCACAGAAAGUGGUAGUUUAGUGAAACACAUGAGGACUCACACUGGCGAAAAGCCUUUUGUCUGUAAGUUGUGCGAUUAUAAAUGUACACAAAACAGUAGUUUAGUGAGUCACAUGAGGACACACACUGGCGAAAAGCCAUUCGCUUGUAAGUUCUGUAAAUACAAAUGCAAAGAAAAUGGUAGUUUAGUGAAACACAUGAGGACUUUGUGUGGUCAAGGAAAGCUCAAACCAACGCUUUGUGUGCAAUGUGCCCAGAGACUGAUAACAAUACGACACGUCAAAUUGAUAAGCCGUGUAAAGUACCAACUACAGUCUGACAUUGUCUCGGCAGUGUCAGAGCCCGACUACUGCGAUGUGUACAUAGCACACUCCGACGCGGACGGACGGACAGAACUAGACGCGACUGCGACUGCCGCAACUGAUGAAGCAGUUGCAGUGAAACGGGAAGUUGAAGACCGUGAAGAUGAUGAAGACGAGCCACCUGCGGCCGAAACACAGGCUCCCACCGCGCACAUUAUUUGCAAGCGAGAGUCGUCGGCAGACUGCGAUCAAGCUUUGGUCGCUCCUUCGGUUCUCGCGACCAAUCACAGAAACGAAGAACAUCCAACUGAUACAGACGACGAGUUGGAAAGUGGCUCAAGGCGGAUUCGUACUGGUGCUGUCCCCUCACCAGUGCUGUUGUGUGGUCAAGGAAAGCUCAAACCAACGCUUUGUGUGCAAUGUGCCCAGAGACUGGUGAACUUUAGCACAUUCAGAGACAAGAGCUUGAGAGCGCGCUCCCUGAUGAUGGAGCUACUUGCCAGACAUGAAGUGAUAACAAUACGACACGUCAAAUUGAUAAGCCGUGUAAAGUACCAACUACAGUCUGACAUUGUCUCGGCAGUGUCAGAGCCGGACUACUGCGAUGUGUACAUAGCACACUCCGACGCGGACGGACGGACAGAACUAGACGCGACUGCGACUGCCGCAACUGAUGAAGCAGUUGCAGUGAAACGGGAAGUUGAAGACCGUGAAGAUGAUGAAGACGAGCCAGCCGCGGCCGAAACACAGGCUCCCACCGCUCCAAUCCAACCUAUCUAG